GCAGAGCUCGACGCCAUGGCAAGAACCAAGCAGACCGCCCGUAAGUCCACCGGUGGCAAGGCGCCCAGGAAGCAGCUCGCCACUAAGGCCGCCCGCAAGAGCGCCCCGGCCACCGGCGGCGUGAAGAAGCCUCACCGUUACAGGCCGGGCACCGUGGCUCUGAGAGAGAUCCGCCGUUAUCAGAAGUCUACUGAGCUGCUCAUCCGCAAGCUGCCCUUCCAGCGCCUGGUGAGAGAAAUCGCUCAGGACUUCAAGACUGAUCUGCGUUUCCAGAGCUCGGCCGUCAUGGCCCUGCAGGAGGCGAGCGAGGCGUACCUGGUCGGCCUGUUCGAGGACACCAACCUGUGCGCCAUCCACGCCAAGAGAGUGACCAUCAUGCCCAAGGAUAUUCAGCUGGCCCGCCGUAUUCGCGGAGAGCGCGCUUAAACGACGACCGCGUCUAAUCUACACAAAGGCUCUUUUAAGAGCCACCUCACAGUCUCAGCGAAAUGAGCAAGUCUUCGUACCUUGGCUGUUUAAAAACUAAAUGUAAUGUGGUAGGGAAAAAAAAAAAAAGAACCUUUGAAAUAUUUUUAUAACCUGUAUAAAUAUAUACAUUAUUAUAAAUAUUAUAUAAUGUUUGUGUGUUAUGUGCUUAUACGCGCGCGCUCUCACGCUGUGGCACACUUACAGUGAAAAGGGAGCAGUGAACCAUAAGGUUUAUUUGUGACGUCAUGCGCUGGGGUCAGAGGCUUAGAACUAUGCUGUUGGUUUGAUUGACAGUUUUUCCCUUUAUGACGCCGCGGGGAUUCAUCGGUCUUUAAAUGUUGUGGUUUCUGCGCGCGCCUCUUCACUAAUUUGAAGGGGAGAAGCAGAAGGGUUUCUCCGCGUUAUCGUCAUUCCGCCUAAUAUCCAUCUGCACUUGUCUUUCUUUUCUGCUUAGAAAUGAUCAGAUAUAAUACUAUAUUUAAUCAUUGGUGUAUAUUUAUCAAGGACAACAUGUGACAUUUUUAUUUAUUCAUUCAUUCAAUCGCUCAUUUAUGUCUUUAUAUAGCGUUUUUAACAUUUAAAAUGAAAAAUUCCUGCUACUACUAAUAACAACAAUAAUAACAACAAUAAUAAUAAUAAUAAUAGUGAUAGUGAUAGUAAAGAGUAGAGAAGAGGCGUGUGUUGGAGUUGCUAUGGCAGAAUGAUCCAGUGCACAGUAAUAAGGCUGAUGAGCUCUGUGUCUGUGGGAAGGACACAGCGGCGCUGCGUGUUGUGCUGGAUGGAGCUUGACUGCCCUCGUGCGGCCAAAUCCAGGAACUGCAAUUUCCCAGAUUCAGUGUUCUGUUAUGAAGCAUUUUAUGGAGGUGUUUAUAAGUCUAAACUUGUAGUAGUUAGCCGGGGGAGAGUGCAGAGAACUGGGGGGGUGGGGGGUUCGGGGCUGUAGCUGCGUUCACGAUAUACACAAACAUGUGGAAAACUGCAAAAAAAAAAUUUCUUUUCUUAAUCUGCAUAUAAAGAUUAUUUUAGAAGCUGCUUUUGCUAUAUAUAUAUAUAUAUAUAUAUAUAUAUAUAUAUAGAUAGAUAGAUAGAUAGAUAAACAUACACACAAAACAUCAAUUCGGGGUCCCUGUGAGUGUACAUGGAGGGGGGACGGGGGGCAGAGAGAAAAGUCAACACCAGAGAAACACCUUGUACAUAUAUUGUUGUUGAUGUUGUUUAUUAUAUUUGUAAUUUUGAAAGGCAUAUAUAUGUGUUCUUUGUACCUGCAGUGAACCAUUAUGACUUCAUGUACAGAGUUCUAGCUUGAUGGUUUGAUUGACAGUUUUUAGAAGUCAUUUGCUAAUCCUAAUAAUAUUGAUAUGAAUGUUACUACUACUACUAAUAAUAAUUAUUAUAAAAGGUUGUUGUGUGCA